AUGAGGUCUUGACCGUCAUAAAGAUGAAGGCCCAAUGGCCGGCCUGGCAGCCCCUUAAUGUUCGAGCAGCUCCUUCAGCUGAGUUCUCAGUGGACCGCACACGUCACCUGAUGUCCUUUCUGACCAUGCUGGGUCCCAGUCCUGACUGGAACGUGGGUCUGUCAUCAGAGGACCUCUGCACCAGAGAGUGUGGCUGGGUCCAGAAGGUGGUUCAGGACCUCAUUCCAUGGGAUGCGGGGACAGACAGCGGGGUAACUUAUGAGUCUCCCAACAUGCCUGCAACACCUCAGGAGAAAAUCCGUCCCCUCACAAGUUUAGACCAUCCACAGAGCCCUUUCUACGACCCAGAGGGUGGCGCGAUCACUCCUGUUGCUAGAGUUGUCGUAGAGAGAAUUGCUCGCAAGGGUGAGCAGUGCAACAUUGUGCCUGAUAAUGUGGACGACAUUGUGGCUGACAUUGCCCAGGAGGAAAAAGAAGAAGAUGACACUCCAGAGACAUGUAUAUACUCCAACUGGUCUCCGUGGUCUGCGUGCAGCUCCUCGACAUGUGAGAAGGGGAAGAGGAUGAGGCAGAGGAUGCUGAAGGCACAGCUGGAUCUCAGUGUGCCCUGUCCGCAUACUCAAGACUUUGAGCCCUGCAUGGGGCCCGGCUGCAGUGAUGAGGAUGCUUCCACGUGCAUGAUGUCGGAAUGGAUCACAUGGUCACCAUGCAGUAUGUCUUGUGGUGCAGGUGUGCGUUCCAGGGAACGCUAUGUAAAACAGUUUCCUGAUGAUGGCUUUGCUUGCACUCAUCCCACUGAAGAGACAGAGCCAUGCACUGUCAAUGAGGACUGCUCUCCAAGCAGUUGCUUGGUUACUGAAUGGGGUGAAUGGGAUGCAUGCAGCGCCACCUGUGGGCUUGGCAUGAAACGACGGGAGCGGAUGGUGAAAAUGCCCCCAUCUGAUGGCUCUAUUUGUGGGGCCGAGGUGGUGGAAGUGGAGAAGUGUAUGAUGCCAGAAUGCCAUACGAUCCCAUGUUUACUGUCCCCCUGGUCGGACUGGAGCGAUUGCAGUGUGACGUGUGGUAAAGGCACACGGAUGCGUCAGCGUAUGCUGAAAUCACCUGCAGAGCUGGGAGAAUGUAACGAGGAGCUGGAACAGAUGGAGAAAUGCAUGCUGCCAGAGUGUCCGAUGGAUUGUUUGAUGUCAGAAUGGUCCGAGUGGUCAGAGUGCAGUAAAUCCUGUGGAAAGGGUCACUUGAUCCGCACACGCAUGAUCACUCUGGAGCCUCAGUUUGGUGGGGAUCCGUGCCCUGAGACUACACAGAAAAAAACAUGCAAGAUCAAGAAGUGUAAUCAAGGAGGCAUAAACAGUGAUGAGAGGAAGAGGCGCAAGGAAGACCGUAAGAAGAGGAGGAACAAACAGGGAAGGGAGGAGAGUGCCGAUGAGCUUGCAGGAUGCAAAAUGAAGCCGUGGUCUGCAUGGACUGACUGUACCAAGCUGUGUGGUGGGGGAAUCCAGGAGCGUUUAAUGACUGCCAAGAAGAGAUAUAAGAAUGCACAACUAACUAGCUGUAAAGAUCGAAAGGAGAUACGGGCCUGCAAUGUCCAUCCCUGCUAGGGCUGUACUUGAAUAUGCUUGCGUGAUGGGACCCAAUCUACAUUAUGAACAGACUGUGACACUGUCUUGCAGUUAUUUAAUGCACUCUGUUUGGGAUUGGAAAGCUGCAACAAGUAGUCUGUUAUUUUUACUUUUAUUUUCUAGAAUUUAUAGUGACCCAGGCAUUGUCUAGCCUGUAAAGGAAUGGAAAACCAAGAGGGGGGUGCUCAGAGUUGCAAUGUACUGUACAAAUUCAGAUGUAUUAAUAUGCAUUAGUAUUUGAGAGUAACAGUCCUCUAUGAAGCUUUGAAGAAGGGUGUUCUUUUGAACGUUGUUUUUUUUUUCACAAGCAGUCCAUGGCGUAUUAAAGAUUAAUGUGUUCCGACAUGAAAUGCAAAACACAUUUCUCCUUUUAUACUCUGUGAUCCAAACACUUACACAUAUACAAAAAAAAAAAAAAAAAAAUAGCAUCCUUCCAAAAGAAAUUACUCUUGAAAUCACAGUCAUAAGUAUUAGAGGUUCAGAGACAUCAUGUGAUGUGACCGAAUUCUCUUUUCUUUUUUUUUUCUUUUUUUCCUUGAGAUCACAUGAACAUGUUCACUUUUACCCUAUAAUCAGAAUGAUCAGAGGAGCUACAUUUAGAUGCAUGCAAACCAUUUAUUCAAGAGAUCUGAAAUGCUGUGGCCAUAAAUAUCCAGGGUUUUGGAGUUUUAUUGCUUUGAAGCCAGAGAAAAAUACUAAUUUUAGAAGAACAUUUCAGACAACACUAAGAUGCUUUUGCAUCUGAACUUGGUAUUAGUAUGUAACAUUUAAGGUACAACAAAAUAUACAAAAACUAAACAAAAUCCAAAAUUUGUGCAUUUUAAUAGACACUGAAACGUACAAUAUUGGCAUAUUGACAACAUGUAAAUUGUAAACACUGUUACAUAUUUACACCUACAGAAGCUUGACAUUUUCAAAUCUUUUAUCAUAACUAUAUUUGUAUAGUUACAUUAUUACCAUUUCAUAGAUGUUUUAGAUUCCUUGACUUACCCCAAACCUAAACAUAAGUAUAAAACAUAAAAAAGCCAGCACCAAAGCAUCCCACAUGGCUAAUGUGUUUCUCUGUUUCUUGCUGAAAAUCUCAUUCCAAUAUACUUAAGGUGCAGAUAUUUUGUUCAAAUGCAUAUAUUUUAAGGUUUUAAAGGUGGUUUUUUUUUUUAAUGAGCCAACUUUAUUUUAAUGCGAUUGAAAACAUAAUUUUGAUCAUAAAUGCAAAAUCAUACAAUUAAUUACAUACAUUCAGUAUUCAUAAUUAAGUAUUCAUAGACAUGCUUGUAUAUAAAGUUUUUCAUAUAUAAAUAAUUUGAUUUAGAUGCUAUUAAUACAUCAGUAUUGUACGUUUUAUUGUGUGUGCAAAUGGUAGAACCACACUUUACAGUACAUUAAGUAAAAAUACUCAUGAGAUCAUGUUGAUAUACUGCACAAUUUCUUGCAAAAUUGUUUACUUGCAUCUAAAGAGGGCUAUUCUGCUUUGACAUCCUCAAUAAAAAAAUAAAAAUAAAAAAAAUCAAUAAACUUGUCACACAAAUGUCACACAAGUACAAGUACACACAGGUAGCAGAGCAAAUUUUUGAAAAUGUUUGAUCAUUUAAAUCCCGACAGAUAUGUUGAAAAAAUGUGCUCGUACAAAGGUUGUUUUACCUAGUCACUUAUACUUGCAUACUUUUCCCGUAUAUAUGGCCUUUCAUAAAUCAGGCCCUAGAGCUGGUAAUAUGUUUGAUUUUAAUAGUCUUUGCCCAGAAGUAUUGCCAUGUUUGCAAACCAGCUUUACUUACUUUUACAAGAUAACUGUAAAAUAGUUGUUGGAAAAUAUACUAUUCUUGAGUAAAGAUAAUGGCCAUAAGCCAGUUCAAAUACAGGUCCUUCUCAAAAAAUUAGCAUAUUGUGAUAAAAGUUCAUUAUUUUCCAUAAUGUAAUGAUAAAAUUAAACUUUCAUA